GGGGCAGAGGGAAGCUGGGUACCCUGGACAGCGCAUCGCUGGCCGCCGGGGUCGCCGCCGCGGAUCAUGGAGCAUCUAAAGGCCUUUGAUGAUGAAAUCAAUGCUUUUUUGGACACUAUGUUUGGACCUCGAGAUUCUCGAGUCAGAGGAUGGUUCAUGUUGGACUCUUACCUUCCUACCUUUUUUCUUACUGUCAUAUAUCUGCUUUCAAUAUGGCUGGGUAACAAAUGUAUGAGGAACAGACCUGCUCUUUCCCUCAGGGGUACCCUCACGUUGUAUAAUCUCGGAAUCACUCUUCUCUCCCUAUAUAUGCUGGUAGAGCUUAUUCUCUCCAGUUGGGAAGGAGGCUACAACUUACAGUGUCAAGAUCUUGCCAGUGCAGGGGAAGCCGAUAUUCGGGUCGCCAAGGUGCUAUGGUGGUACUACUUCUCCAAAUUAAUAGAGUUCCUGGACACAAUUUUCUUUGUUUUGCGGAAAAAAACCGGUCAGAUUACUUUUCUUCAUGUAUACCAUCAUGCCUCUAUGUUCAACAUCUGGUGGUGUGUUUUGAACUGGAUACCUUGUGGGCAAAGUUUCUUUGGACCCACACUGAACAGUUUUAUCCACAUUCUCAUGUACUCCUACUACGGCCUUUCUGUGUUUCCCUCGAUGCACAAGUACCUUUGGUGGAAGAAGUACCUCACACAGGCUCAGCUGGUGCAGUUCGUGCUCACCAUCACGCACACCAUGAGUGCUGUCGUGAAACCGUGCGGCUUCCCCUUCGGCUGUCUCAUCUUCCAGUCUUCGUACAUGCUUACAUUAGUCAUCCUAUUUUUAAAUUUUUAUGUUCAGACAUACCGAAAAAAGCCAAUGAAGAAAGGUAUGGAAGAGCCACCUGCAGGAAAAGAAGUGAAGAAUGGUUUUUCCAAAGCCUACUUCACUGCAGCUAACGGAGUGAUAAACAAGAAAGCCCAGUAGACGUCGAGGAGCAGACAAAGCAUAUAGAAUAGCCUAACAGAUUCGCUUGUUCUAAAGCAAAGACUGAUUUGAAAGUUAUAUAUGUUUUAACAUAAACUAAUUUCUUUUGAGUUUAUAAAUCAUUUGUACCCGGAAUGUGUUAAUAUAUUGCUAUUAGGUUAAUCUGUUAACUGAAUGCUUCCGUCAGCAUUGAGGUGAGGCUGAACUCUGCAGACCUCAGAACCGGUGCAACUUCUCUCUCCUCCCCUCCUCCCUGGACUCAACCCUCCCCAGAAACUGUCGUCAUAACGCCUUAUACACAGACAAAGCCAGGAAACAUAGAAUGUUGUUUUUCACAGCAAGUCUUCAAAUAAAAAGUUAGAGUUUUCUUCAGAUUAAAAUGUUUAAAACAAAAUGUUAAUUGUCUUCUAAGUACAGGGUAUGUUCUAAUCUCUAUUAAGCAAUAAUUGUCAGUGCAUAAAGUAAUCAAUCAUCCAUUUGUUCCUUUAGGAAUCAACUCCAGAAAAUAUUAACAUGAGAUCAUAAAUGGGAGAUCUAGCAAAACUUUUCUCUCUUAAGUUAGAGUCUGUCUGUCAAAUUCCCACAACUACUCUUAAUUCGCAACUUAGUGAUAUGGUAAUGAAAUGUGUAUUUUUUAUUUUGAAGAUUAGUUUUUUUUAAGAAGAAAGAAAAUCUUCUGCCAAACCCUCAUAGCUCAGGGGCUUUGGAUAGGAGUUGUUUCUCAGUUUUAAUUUGGUUUCCUUAAUUAUUCACAUAUUCAUGUCUACCUCCCCCGUUAAGUUACCCUAGGUUAGGAUAUAGACAGACACAACACUCAGUAUUAAAAGCAGGAUCUAAAUCUGGAUGCUCAUUUCCUUUCUGAACAGGAACUUGAGUCCAGUCUGCCCUUUUCCUUAGAAUGAUAUACUGCUGGAAUAUUUAUAAAUCAGAAUUAACAGAGCUGUGGGGGGUGCAAAAUAGACAUUGAAUUUGUCAACUAUUUCUUGUGAGCCUACUUCUGAGUAUUAUCCCCAAAUACCUGCUAUCACUUUGCAGGUUAAGCUUUUGAAAAUAGGAAGAAAAAGAUGGAGGACUAUGAAAAGAUUCCCACACUGAGCCAUGGCCUGGUCAAGAGCCAUGAUUACAAGUCAUUUGGCAAACCCAGCACACCUUUCUCUGCUAAAGUAAUGCAGUCUCUACUGAGAACCCAGCACAAGAGCAGAGGAAGGCGUUCAUGAGGACUUCCCUUCCCCCUCAGUGUGGGACUGUUAUUUACUAUUAAAUUGUACCAAGAAUGGGAACAAUAUUUUCUAAAGAUUUGAUGUUUUAUACCCGAUAAAACAAGACUUGGCAACUUGGACACUUGAUCUUCUUUCCUACUUUCUUCUUUUUAAAGUUAAGUUUUUAGGUCAUAAUGUUGACAUCAAAUGCUUAAGUGCCAGAAAGGCGUUUUCACGUUACCCCAACACAUUACAGUCUGUUUGGGGUGCCUUUCUGUCUUUGUGCCAUUUUUUUCCUGAGCUCCAGUUUUUAAAUUAUUUUUCCUGUUUUUUUUUUAAAAAAAAAAACAAAAAACAUUGACUUUUGUUCUGACAUGGUACUGACUCUGCUAACUUCUCUUUCAUGUCAGCUCCCCCCUCGGGAUUCUGGCCCCUUUCUGAAAGGUGACUGAUCCUAGUCUAGUCCUCAUGGUGAAGGUGCUAUGCCCUCUCACUUCCCCUUCUCUACCCGCUGACCCAUCUCUAUUGAACAGACGUCUUCUGUCUGAUGCCCACGUACUCUUGGAUUUAUUUUUCUAGAAAGUUUUCUAAAACUGACUUGCUCUAGGGUGCUCAGUCCCCAUUUCCAUCACAUUGUAACUGUGUGCUGUAAGUAUCGUUCUCUCCCAGAAACUCACUGUAAAAUAAGGGCUAGCUUUGAGUAUGGCUGUUAUUGCUCCUCCAUGACAAAACAUGGGUUGGACUAAGCAGCAGCCCCUUGGAGCGACUGGACUCUGGUUCAGUUUUAGGUCUCAAACACGGGCUAAAAUCUGUUACCCCAGUUCAUUCCAGGUAAAGAUGAGACUCAGACGUCACUGGUCAUUCGCUGUAUUCAGCUUAUUCUUAAUUGUCAACGAGGCCCUCAAGUCUCACCACUCAGCAUCAUACCUGCGAUUUUGGAUGCUCGCAUGGGCUUCAUAUCUGCAUAGCAAGGAGGGAAGCCAUCUUUCAGAAUGACCAAGUCAAGCAGCUAUAAGUACAAGGCAGCUUGAAACUUCUCAGAUCAAAGGGAAAAACUUGGGUAGUUUACACUUUCAAGCUGAAUUUAGUUAGAGGUUUCAGGAAGCUUAUUUCCAAUUUGGUCUUUAAUUCUAGAGAAGGUUAAUAAAACACUUAUAGCCUUAAACCAUUCAAGGGCUGCUAAAAAUACACAGAGAUGUCUUAGCCACAAAAUUGGAAUCAGGUAAAUAUUUUAACCUGUCAUUGUGUUGCAACUUUAAAAAACAAAAUGUUUACUUUGAAUGUGAUUUUCCUAAAAAACUGUAAAAAAAAAUGUGUAUAAUCUGUUAUGGGAAAUGUUUUUUUUCCCAAAUAAAUUUCCUCUUAUUAAUAGGAAUAAAAACACUUAAAUGAAUAGUAAGCAUAUCUGUUAAUA